AUGCACGAUAAACUAGAAAUUCCUAUAACUAAAAUCCAAUGGAGUUUACGUGGGGCACAGAUUUUCUUUGCCUUUUUUGCAAUGUGCACUAUUGCUGCUGUUAUAUCGUUUGAUAACUCUCACACUUCCAGUAGCAUUAUGGCGAACUUUGAUCUCUUCAUAAUCCUAGUCUCAAUGCCGACUGCAGCAGCGAUAGUCGUUAUUCCACACCUCUACCUGAAAUACGGCAAAUUCAAGACGUUUGCGAAAGCGAUGCGACACCCUAGAUAUGAAUUCGUGCUAUCGACAAUAUGGGCCGCAUUGUUGUUAAUAUGUUCGAUUGGACUGAGCGUGGAGUUUGGAGUAAUAAGGGACUGUAACCCAGAAGAUUACCCAGAAGCACUAAAUAAAAGCGGCGACUCGUUUAGGAACGGCCUACUUAAAUCGUGCACGACAGGGAAAGCAAGUACAGCUUUUGGAUGGUUUGCUUUGGCGGCGUGGUUAGGUUCGCUUGGUUUGCUUGCCAAUGAUUGGCGCAAUAAUAGACGACAGCCCGCUACCAAAAACGAAAGUGGAUGGUUUGCGUGGUUAGGUUCAUGCUGCGGUAGUAGACGACAGCCCGUUGCCAAAAACGAAAGUGGAUUUGAUGAUAUAAUGCAUUCUAACUCUACGAGAUCGUCGUUGGAAGAUGGAACAGUAGGAUAUCAGGAUAAAGAGAGGUUUCAAAGUAUCACUGCGAUAGGAGGAAGUGACACCCCGCCAGUAAGCGAGUAUAAUAAGGAUUACAACAGUCCGCCGAUUCAUUUAUCGCCACCGUUAGCUCCGACACCUCAACCUAUACCAGCACCACAGCCCGCGAGUAGUCCAUUACAAAUUCAACCACCCCCGGGAGCAGUUUCUUUCCCUGAACCACAGCGAUUCUAA